CCAUGAAAUCCUGCUGUGCCACUCAGACGACGCGUUGUGAGUGUCCAACGGGUCUAAGAUUGGGGAAGAGGCCGCAGGCUCCACUCAUCGACAUGCUGGGUCCGCAUCCAGAUGAGGUCAUCAUGACGAUCCUGGACCGCAUCCUCUAUCUUUCGGGCGCCACGAAAAUAAUUCCAAUGCUGGAGUUGUCGAAAGGACCAGCGUUUAAGAAGGAAUCCUGCUCACCACCAGCACCCUGUGCACCAAGCCAUUGCAGUUCUGGAAGCAGCUCGGCUUAUCCUUCAUCGGCCUGGAGCACCUGCUGCUCCAAGCCGUCGACUAUCUGUUGUUGUCCCAAGCCAACGAAAUGCUGCGGAGGUCCAAAAGUUCCACUAGUGCCCUGCAGUCCAAUGGAUACUCCGAAAUCUUCCUGCUUCAAGACCCCGAGUCGGCUAAGUGCCGCCGCCUGUUGUCCCCGCCAGCGUACUCCCAGGGUGGACUUUGAUCACCCCGCGGAGGAUAUUCCGUUGAGAAAUAAGGCGGGCAGCGCCACGAUAACGGAACAGAUAAGCCGAUCAAUUUCCACCUGCUCGGUGGCCUGUCAGCAGCUGAAAGACAAGCUUACAUCCCAGGUUGCCCAAGGAAACAAGGACCAAAAGUGGCUGUGGACCCGGUUGAUUCGUGGCAACGAUGGCUGCAUGGUGUACGAGGUGUACAAGGACUCCGAUGCAGACAAUUCUCCCUCCACGAUCGGGUCGGAAGCACCCAUCAUCCUUUUUCUAGUCCUGCCGAAUGGUUGCAUCAUGCCAUUUGAGUCUAUUUGUGGUCCUUAGGGAGAUGGUACUCGUUUUGUAUACUUUUUAGCUUGUGGUCAGUUAAAAAUAAACUUUCA